AGUUCUUGAUGGAAAAAAAAAAAGUGAUUAAAACAAUUAACACAACACGUGACCCGCGGUUGACACUUCCGGGUUGGACCAGAGUGAGGCUCCUGGGCAGGGGCUGGCAGCUCCUGCGGCCAUCAUGUCGUAUCACGGCCUCAUGGUGCCUUUGGGUGUGAUAAGUGUGUUCUGGGGCUUCGUCGGCUUGGUCGUGCCCUGGUUCAUUCUUAAAGGUCCCAACCGGCGGGUUAUCGUCACAGUGUUGGUGACCUGUUCAGUUUGCUGCUGUCUCUUUUGGUUGAUUUCAGUUCUGGCCCAAAUCAACCCUCUCUUUGGACCACAGUUGAAAAAUGAAACUAGCUGGUAUCUGAGGUCUCGUUUGCCUUGAGGAAGAAGCCGCCC